GCAUAUUUGACCCGUUAGRCUUCUUGACCCCUUUCAYCAUCAGAAUUAAGUGCUUGUUUCAAGAAAUGUGGGAGAGAGGAGUAAAGUGGGAUGAAGAACUGCCACCUGAUUUGUCAAAGAAGUGGCAGCAAUGGUGUUCAGAGCUCCCUCAACUSCACCAAUUGACAAUCCCACGAUGGCACAAAAUGRACAUGCAACAACUGAACAGUCAGGAUGUAAAGUUACAUGUGUUUUGUGACUCAAGUGAACGAGCCUACAGUGCAGUCGCCUAUCUGCAAGGAAAAACUAAGGAGGGAGAAAUGAUAAUGAGUCUGGUGGCUACACUUAAAAGGAUGACACUGCCACAACUGGAGCUAAUGGGAGCCAUAAUAGCCGCCAGGUUCGGGAACACGCUCGUUAAAGCUCUUCAACUAGACCAAACCCGGUUACAUUUAUGGACAGACUCUAUGAUAGUGCUGCAUUGGAUUCGAAGCUCUGCCGGUAGGUGGAAGCAGUUCAUGUCCAACAGAGUUACAGAAAUCCAGUCUCUAACUGAUCCACAGGCAUGGUCGCAUUGCCAAAGGAAAAUCAAUCCAGCUGAUCUUCCCACCAGAGGGUUGUUUGUCCAAGAGCUGAUCCAGAGCACAUGGUGGUGGCAUGGACCUUGCAGACUAACAUUACCUGAUCAGUCAGAAAACAUCCAGGAACUUGUUCAGGAAAAUGGGGUGAGAUCUGAAAUGAGAUCCAAACACCAGGUUGCGGUACACUUGGUCAAUCAAGAUGCCAAGUACUUAAAACCAAUGUUAGAGCUGGAAAAAUACAGCAAGCUAAGGACAGCCUGGAUAAGGAGAUUUAUCACAAAAGCUCGCUCAAGUGCAAAAAUCAGUGGUGAGCUGACAAUAGAAGUGUUUGAAAAGGCAGAAAAACUCUGGAUAAAGGUGACUCAGAAUCAAUGUUUCAAGUCAGAAAUUGACAUGCUGAAGCAAGAUAAAUGCCUCAACACCGACUCUAAAAUUCGAGAACUGAAACCAUUUCUGGAUGAAGAUGAGCUGCUUUCUGUUGGAGGAAGGCUGCAACAAUCUGAACUUGAACUUUCAACAGAGAAAGACACCCAUGAAUUUUACCUGGUCAUCACAGAUACGCAGAAAUAUUAG